CAAAGGCAGUAUUUCAAUCACAACCUUUCCUGCUUUUGCGUGUUCCCUUGUUAUCAAGGCAAAGGAUACGGCACAUUUAUCGUGGACCUCAGUUAUUUGCUCUCGCGAUUGAGUGGACUGCCCGGUGGACCUGAGCGACCAUUUUCGAUCCAAGGUGGUCAAGUUUACAAGAAGUAUUGGUGCAACAGGUUGCUCCACCUUAUUUUUACCAAAGCGCAACUGUUUGGAUGGGAUAACAUGCGUUUGGAUAUUGGAGAUCUUUCCAGGGAGACGGGAAUCCAGGAAGCAGAGGUUCUAGAAGCCUUGACUGGUCUUUGCAACUCCGAAUGGUCAAGGAACAACAGAUCGCUCAUAAUUAAAAUCAGUGAGAGUGCUGUGAUGGAAAUUGGAAAGUACAUAGCAGAAAAGAACCGGUCGAGAUUAUUAGCAAAGGAAGAGAGAAACUCAAACUCUGUGCAGCGGAAAUGA